AUGACAACGUUGGAAAUUGAAGAACACAUCGCCAUUCUGAUUGAGAUCAGUUCGGGAAAAGACUUGUUGAUAGGGGACAUCAAUAGUUCCGAUCCCUACGUCGUCGUGUCGAUGGGAAAGCAUGGGAUAGUCCACAAGACAAAAUAUCGGAAGAAAACGCUGAACCCCGAAUGGACCCCUUCACAUAAUUCCACCUAUGUCUUGAGCACUCCCUCCUACAAGCUUAUAGAUGCUGGUGGACUUACGUUUAAUGUAAAGGAUUAUGAUGUGGCGUCAAGCGAUGAAGACUUGGGGACUAUAGAAGUCACUACGGAAGAAUUGAUCACAGAAGGAAACGCGGUUAGAGUGGUGGAACGAGACAUUACCCCUCCCCCGGAGGCUGCUGGUAAACCUGCUGGCAAAUUGACAAUUCGCUUUCGAAAAGCAACACCAGAAGAUGAAGCAUCCUUGGCCAAAGGUGAAAUGAAACGAUUCUUUUAA